AUGGCGGGUAUGUUAGAAGAGCACAGAAAUAUCAUCACAAGUCACCGUGCGGACCUUGUUAAGGACUUGGAACCUUCGAAGGUAUUAAAUGACCUGUCCGAAUGUCUUGAUGAAGAUGACAGGGAGGUUGUCAAAGCUCAGGGUCCGAGAAAAGCUUGUGCAGAAAAAUUAGUCGAUAUGAUUCCAAAAAGAGGACCUAAAGCUUUCCAUUGUUUUGUUGCUGCUUUGUAUAAGAGACAGCGUCAUCUGGCCAUCCCUCUGAUGCAAGAGUCAGGCAUUGAUAGUUCGUCUUUUGAGAAAGGUAAGGACAUUUUAUUUUGAGUCUUAUUCCCCAUUCCAGAAACUAUAAGGGGAAGGUUGUGACAAAUGUAACAUCGACCCAGGUGUUAUGUUGUGUCCAGUGGUUUUAGUGAAAACAAGGGUUUGUGGGGUUGCUCAGUCUCAUGGGCUCAAAAACCUCCCUUUGGUCCACCUUAUUUUGUAUUUGCCUAAACGGAAUGGGUGCAAGCUUUCACGCAAGGAUUUCUGGGAUCGUUUUGGUACACAAGCAUUACUUAUGACUGGUUAAUGGUUGACUUGAAUGCUAUCAACCCAUCAUAACUAACGCUAAUCCCAAAAGUCAUUGUGCCCAAUGCUUGUACCCAUUCCCCUUGUAGUUUCUAGAGUGCAUUAUGGAAUGCCGCCUAUUCAAACAUGUCGAUAGUAAAUGCAAAUUUUUCUGUCAAUCAAAUGUCCCCUAUUAUUUGAAAGUGGAAAUUGGUAAAACAUUUUUUAUUUGUUUUGGAGACAACAGAGCAACAAAAGAUACUAGAAAGAUCAAGUUGUACACGACAGUCUAAAAGCGUGUUGCGUGACUUUAUUCAGUCACAACAUUUCUCAUAACUUUUGGAAAAAGUGUGAAGCAAGGCUUAAAAAAUUUUGUUAAUCAAAAUAAACAGGGUGCCCCAAAAAAGCAAGCAUUUUUGUCUCCAGUGAAAUCCGCCUAAUGAAUGGUAAUUUGCAUAUAAGUGUAAGUAAAGCGAGAUUUGCCGUGGUUGUACAAGCAGCGUUUCUUCAAAGUUUUUUUCUUCUGAAAGCGUAAAUUCACAAUAAUUACAUAAAUCAUAUAAAAUGAAUUUUCCCCAGAAAGGGUCCUAAAGCUUUUGAAGAUUUUGCUCGUGAACUGGAAAAUUUCAUCCAAAAAUAGCCCAGAAAUUACUGGAGGAUGCUGGAGUGACAGGUACUACACCAUUAUAUCAUAUAAAGGUUUUUUAGCCGAUGAAGUAAAAUUUUCCUAUCCCAUUUUGUAUGUUGUGGUUCACCAUUUCAUUAAUGAUUCUUUCCUUUUUUAUUGUCCUUUAUUUUGGGUAUGGACAUGUGCGAUUGGGAAUUUUGAGACAAAGAAAACAAGACAAGAUCAAGAGAGUGCAAAACUUUUAACUACAAAAAUAGCAGUGAAUACACUGUGACGAAGCAAAAAAUACAAUGUACUUUGAAUGCCAGCUACCCUGCGAGCAGAGUCUCCUUAAAGCAUUAAUCUCAAACUGUCUCUUUCACUUGAUACUUAAUCCACCAAGCCAUGCCUUAAUUGCUGAGAAAGUGUUUGACACUUGUUAACUUUAAGCAAAUUCAAUAACCAGUGAAUCUCUAAUGCAUUAAUUUGGCAAGGAAAAUCUUUAAAAAUGGUUCACACUUACUGAUAGCUGACGACUUUACCUUGAUUUACUAUACGUGCAGUGUUCGAUCUAGAAAUUGGUCAAAGUGGGUCAUCUAUCCCACAUGACCUUUUAAAUAAAAUUGGGUCAUUUCAAAAAUGGUCUAGGUCAAACCAUGACAUUGAAACUUUGAACAACUCUAAUGGACAUCUUCCGUCAGUGCUUCUCUGAUUCAACUAGCAUUCUCUCUUUUGUAAAAAAUGAACUUAGUUUUUGUUGCCAUUUCAUAAUGGAACAAAAACAAGAGAACAAAGUCAACAAACAAAGUACAAGUCGAUGGGCAAAGCAAUGUAUGCAGAGCGUCCAAAUGUACGCUCCGGUCUCUCUCAGACUUACGUGGAAUGCCUGACAUAAAAACUUAUCGUAAGCACGAAGUCUGAAAUUGAAUGACGUGUGCUUAUUUCAGGCUAGUAAGCAGAGAAUCGUAGUCUAUCAGGACCUAUCUCAGUUUUUUUGCCAUAAAAACUUUCAUGUAGACAAUGAACUUCAAAGUGAACAUGAUCCUUGCAGUUGAAUGAAUAACCUUAGCGGUUGAAAAAGAAACUGAAAAAAUUCAGGCUUGACUGACUGAUUUCUGACUUGACAGGGGGCACGCAACGACUGUUUUCUGUGAAAUAUCUGUUCGGAGAAGCAAAAAUUGCCUAGAAUUUUCUAUAGCUGGAGGAAGGCUAGAUGACCGUUCCAUUCAUGUUCAAUUUUCGAAGCUUAUCUAAUAAAUUCCCUACGAUUUUCUGAAGUUUAAUUUUUCCCAUUUCACUCCCCAGGUUAGGCUAUUUUUCGUAGAAAAAGGAAACCUAAAAUUUUCGAAAUUGUAAAACUGCGGUGCAGAGAGGAAUCAGAAAAACUAUCACUUUGAAAUUCGUAAAACUUUAAAUUGUAGCUAAAAUUUUCGAGAAAAUAUUACUGAAGCCCUUGUAAUUUCGAAACGACUCAAGUUGCCCAAGGAUGACCGAACAGAUAUAAAUUUUUUAGCGCCACUUAGAGUACAUUUCUAGAGAUCUAUAAAAGUCACUCUGGAUAGCCUAAAAAGUGUUUUCAAAGCAUUUAGGAGGAAACCGUCGUUGGGUGCCCCUGAUUUUGAAUUCGUAAUAUACAACUGUACCCAAUGGUGGAAAUGACAUGAAUGGCACUAUAUGAAAUGACUCACAUUUUGAGCUGCAGUUUUUACAAUUUAGCUUCUUUGGAGACAGUUUUGAUAGUUUUUUGCAUAAAAGAAGUAGAGCGUGACAAAGACUUAGCACGGAUUGAAUCCGUUUGCACUUUCAAACGGGUUCUUCACUGUUAGUUGUACAAUAUUUUGUUAAUAAGACAGUUUAAAGCAACUUAGGAGGUCCUAAUUGGGUGCAAACAUGACUUGUUUGGUAGCUAAACAUUCGAAUUUUGAAGGUCAUUAGAGGAAUGUAAAAGUACAGUGACAAUAUAAGCAAUUGACCUAAUGUUUGUUCGCACGGCAAAAUAUUCAUCACAAGUAUAAAGAAGUUUAAAACCAAAUUUGAUAUUUCAUAAAAGCAAGUGUGCUGUUUCUGAAGGCGAAAUAUUCAUACAAAUACACAGCAAAGCCACCCGCUUAAGGUUUCUUAUAUCAAGUGUAAAUUUUCGCCUUUGGUUUUUAAGGUAUGUCAGUAUUCAACAUUUUUUAUACUCCAAUACUGCCGUCAGUAUCCGUUCUAAAUGAAAGUCAUUUUAAAAUAAUGAGCGUAACGCGCUUGUACCUUUAUGAACUCGGCUUGCUGAACAACAGCCAUCACUGGCUUUUAGUUGGCAGAAAAGGCGGCAAAUGACGUGACCCGGGCAGUCAUACCUUUUAAAGGAUAAAAUUACAAAGCGCUUACUUAAAUAAGAAAGUGUAGCGUAAAUAUUUACCUUGGUGAUGUCCUUAAAAUCACUAGAACCAGGAAAACUUCUUGGCUUCUUGAAAUGGAUUGACAAAGAACUUGCGUCAACUAACCGCAAAAACAGAAAACUUAACCUUUUAACAACAAAAUUGCGUGGCGCUUUCGCGUACGUCCUAGCUUGCGUUAGAAAGAACUUUCUCGUUAAAUCUACAAAUUGCGUUAGCGUGCGCGUGCAGGAAACAAAGAUUUCUGAUAAAAAAUAAGUUAAUUAAACGUGCGGCUAAUUGCUGAGGCUACAUGGAGUGCAUCCUCGGAGACCCAGGGGCAGAUAGUGGGGGCGAGGGAAAGUCUAAACAGGCGGGAAAAUAUGGCACAAGAGAAAAGUAAAGAACGGUGAGAAGAGCCCCUGGGGACAAUGUCUUACCAGACCAGUUCCAAACGGUCGACGCCGUUCUGUCUUCUGAUUGGUGCCAGAAAAACACAAGUUUUCUGGCACCAAUCAGAAGACAGAACGGCGGCGACCGUUUGGAACUGGUCUGGUAAGACAUUGUCCCCAGGGGCUCUUCUCGCCGUUCUUUUCUUUUCUUCGUGCCUUAUUUUUCCGACCGUUUAGACUUUCCCUUGCCCCCACUAUCUGCCCCUGGGUCUCCGAGGAUGCAUGGAGUGUGGUGACUCCAGGUAGCAGGCAGAAUAUACAUUCAUAUUACAAUGUCACAUCCUCAUCCUCUAGGGAUCACCUGAUCUUCUGCUGAUACACAGGUGAUCAGUGUGGUUUUCCAUGACGUGGUAGGAGCUCUGCCAGGCGGCUUUGUGGAUGUAGUUGUUUAAGAUUCUUUUCAACCGAUGACCUCGCCGGUUCUCGCUCAUUUUUUCCAGACCAUGUUGUCCCAGAUUAUGUCGCUCGUAUCCAUUGCUGUCGUCACCUUCCUCUAUGUUGAAGACUUCCACUAAGAACUUGAGCUCCACUGUGGAGUCUAUUGCAAAACGCCCCGUUCUUCGCCCCCACCCCCUCCCCUCAUCCAACGUCAUUCGUGGGAUAAGGCGCUGCACCGCAUUGAUGAAGAAGUUUUUCAUCUUCUUUAUGAACUUGUCCGCCAGUUUCUGGAGUUCUCAACUGAUGUGCGCUCCCUAUGACCACUUAUUAAGCAUUUAAAGGCUCUGGGAAGCAUGUUCCUUUUCGACACCAGCAUGAGUAUUUAAUCCAUCUGGUAUGACAAAGCCCAAGCAGUGCUAUCUUGAAGUAGUGUUCAUCUUUGCUGCCACUUGUGCUUCCUUUCCAGCUCCCUUUCCAGCUUCUUAAGUUGCUUGGAUGUUGCAACUAGCAGUCUUGGCUUCUGCCUUUACUGUCAGAAGAUGGUCGACCCUGCAGCCACUAUCCGGAUGUCACUGCUGCUAGCAGCGUGUCAUACUCCUGCAAUAUGAAGGCUCUUUCACAUCCAAUUCUAGCAGCAUCGACGGCGUAACCACCUUUUUUCAGUUCUAGCAUUCUUAGUCCUUUGACCUGUCAAGCUUGGGUACACUUCAAGGCUACUUUCUCGCUAUGCUAGAGGCCGCCGGGAAAGGGGACAAUAUUGUUGGUGACGUCACCUCCAGUAAGAUCUUGAUGUCAUUUAACAUACAUUCUGCAAAGUGCGUUCUGCAGUCUGCUUUCGGCCAUAUACAGUUAUAAUACCUCCUGUGCAUUGAUGCAAAUAAAUCACCAAACCAUGGAAAGGGAUAACUUUUUUGGCAUCGGGGUUGCGCUAUAAGUGAUUUGUAUCAACGAGUUGUUAGCUCUUUUAAAACAAAACUGAAAUAUAUAGUUUUUUCUUUUUCCGUAGGACAAUUAACUGCAACUGCCAACCCUACACUUCCUUGUAAAGGGGCACAUUUUAAAGGUAGAGAAUUAGUGGUACAAAAAAUUGUUCAAGAACUUACUAAGGACCCAAAUCCUUCACGCGUCAUCAUCAUUGUUGGUAUCCCUGGAAUGGGAAAGACUCAAGUUGCCAUUCACGUCAGCCACUUACUCAAAGAAGAACAUAAAAAGGCUGUUGUAUUCAUUGAAGAAAAAAAAAAGCUUACAGAAAUCUGCAGCGAAAUCCUCCGUGAAAUUAACCCUCUGGCUCCGAGACUUUCAGAGAGUCAUAAUAUGGUAGCGAUAGCAAAGAAGCGACUUAAAGAGCUUCAAGAGAAGAAAGUUAUUGUGUUAGACAGCGUAGAAGGUAUACAACAACAAGGAGAGGAAUUUGACGACUUUUUAAGGUAUGUAGAAACAUACGCACCUCUUGUUCAGCUGAUCAUCACUACUCGAAAGGAUGUGGGUUUUCGUUCAAUGAACAUACCCAUAGUGUCUCUGGAUGGUCUGGAUCCUGAGUUGUCUGCCAAAUUACUUCAGGACCUAGUCCCAAACUGUGAGGAGCGGCAUAUCAAGGAACUCGGUAACCUCUGUGGUGGGAUACCGCUGGUUCUUGUCAACUGUGCAGGCUUACUAGAAGAAGGCUUCAGCCCGGAAAAUUUGGUCGCACGUCUGAAAGAAAAUCCCAUUCCACUUUUUAAGACCAAUGCAGAAGACGUUUACAAUUCUUUGAGACAAUUCCUGGUCAACAUUUCAGAAAACAUAAAAGCGAACCUUGUUCGCCUUUCAGUUUUUCCAUCUGCGUUCUCUGUUAAAGACAUGAAGGUUCUCUUCGGUGACGUAUUACAGCCAGAGGUUGUUAAGAAUACCAUGAUAAGGCGUUCUCUACUUCGUAAAAUUGACAAUGAAAAGUUAGUUUUGCAUCGUUUAGUCCGCGAGUUCCUCAAAGCUGAGAGGAAACUUCUCAACAUGGAUGAUGUAGGUAACGAUGCAGAACACAAGUUUAAUCAACAUUACCUUGAGCUCCUCGAAACCUCAAGCAAACAAUUUGUCAGCAAAGAGUGGUCGCAAAAUGCCAUUUCUACCUUCAGGACAGAAAAGGCAAACAUCCUGGAGGUGUUCAAAAAUUUCCUGCAGGAAGGAGGCGACAAGAAAGACGCAGAGUCGUGCAUAGAUGUCGCUAACUCCGCCAAGGUUUUGGGUUUCUUGGCCAAAGUUUUAUCUCCGCCCUCCGAGUGUGUAGAACUGUAUGAAAGGUGCUGCCACAUUGCCGAAGCAUCUAAUGACACGAGAAGACUUGCAGAUAGUCUAACUGCUCUCGGAUUUCUUCUUCUCUGUAAAGAAGCUCACCGACGGGUUAGCCCAGAUACUGUUGAGAAGUUUCAGCGGGCCUAUGAAAUCCGGCAGAAAUUCCCAAAGGAACAACAGCACAGUGAGACGCAUACACUCACCAUCUCCAAACUUGGGCUGUGCUACGCACUUCAGGUAAAAAAAGAAUAGAAUUAAGUGUUCUUGAUUUUAUUGCCUCCAUUACAUAGCGUAUGAGAGAAAGGAAAGCCCAUUUAAUGCCAAUGGAACAAUGUCGCCAAAAAUUGUCCUUUUCUAUUUUUUCACACAGGGGUUCUGCCUUUAAAGGGUCCCUUUAAAGUUCCCGCACCUAAAAGUUAAACCUCUUACUUUUCGGAUGUCUUGUAGUUUUUAAGCAAAAAUCACUUAUCGAUGCUGCCUGAACAGGGAGUGGAAGGAGUAACUUAAUAAGGAGUAACUUAACAAGGUAUCACCAAACACUCGAAGAGAAAAACAGGCUAUGAUUAUGAUGACGUACACCGUGGCAAUUAAGUGAGUGCCCGAUUAGAUUACUGGAUUAUUAUACGACCAUGCUUUGCUAUGCAAACUUAAUUCUAAUUAAUCUAAUUAUUCUUCAAGGCCCGCUCGCGCGAUUUUUGUUGGGAUUUUUGAAAGUGAUUCGGAUGACACUCGCUGGAUAAAAGCGUACAUCGCAUGUAUUUGUCGCUAUGGGGUCAAACAAAGGACUCCUUCCACAGAUACCAAGUGCUAUAACUAAAACGACACCUGCUGUCCAUGUCUCUUUGAUUGCGGCACUAAGCUGCAAACAAAGGAGCUUUUUCCUAGAUCC